AUGGCUCAGAAGCUGCAGCAGCAGCUUAGUGAGCUCGGAUUGAAGCUCGAUAACCCCCCUGCGUCUAAAGACGCUCUCAUUAAGCUAUUGAAGCAAGGUGCAGCAUAUCUUUCUGAAUUGGAUCAGUCACCACUAAAAUCUGUAUUGGAGUCCAUGCAGCCUUUUCUUAUUGCAAUUGCCAAGCCAGAACUUCUAAAUCAUCAAGAUAGGGAGGUCAAGCUUUUUGUUGCUGUCUGUAUCUGUGAAAUAACUCGAAUUACUGCACCUGAUGCUCCUUACGACGAUGAUAUUUUAAAGGAUAUCUUCCAGUUGAUUGUCAGUACUUUCAGUGGCUUAAGUGACACAAAUGGCCCGUCUUUUGGAAGGAGAGUUGUAAUCUUGGAAACUCUUGCAAGAUAUAGAUCGUGUGUUGUGAUGUUGGAUCUUGAAUGUGACGAUCUCGUUAACGAAAUGUUUAGCACUUUCUUCUCUGUUGCCAGAGAUGAGCAUCCUGAAAAUGUUCUGGCUUCGAUGCAAAUAAUCAUGGAGCUUCUCUUAGAAGAAAGUGAGGAUGUGCAGGAGGAUCUUUUACUUGUUUUACUUUCUGUUUUAGGUCGCAAUAAAAGGGAUGUAACAUUGGCUGCAAGGAGGCUUGCUAUGAAUGUGAUAGGCCAUUGCGCUGCGAAACUCGAACCUGGCAUAAAGCAGUUUCUUGUUUCAUUAAUAUCAGGAGACAGCAGGUCCAAGAAGUGCCAGAUUAACUAUCAUGAAGUCAUCUUUGAUAUCUAUCAUUGUGCCCCUCAAAUAUUAUUGGGAGUUAUUCCUUUCCUAACUGGAGAACUCUUGACUGAUCAGUUGGACACUCGUUUAAAAGCAGUUGGCUUAGUUGGGGACCUUUUUGCGCAGCCAGGAUCUGUUAUCUCUGAAGCAUUCCAGCCAAUGUUUUUGGAAUUUCUGAAAAGGGUGACUGAUAGAGUUGUGGAGGUCAGAAUGUCUGUCCUUGAGCAUGUCAAAAGUUGUCUGCUGGCAAAUCCUUUUAGAGCUGAGUCUCAGCAAAUUAUCUCUGCGCUUUGUGACCGACUGCUGGACUAUGAUGAAAAUGUCCGUAAACAAGUUGUUUCUGUGGUUUGUGAUGUGGCAUGCCAUUCCUUAACAUCUGUACCUGUUGGAACUAUCAAGCUGGUUGCGGAACGCCUUCGAGAUAAAUCUUUUCUUGUUAAAAGGUACACAAUGGAUAGGCUAGCUGAUAUAUUCCGAGUUUAUUGCUUGAACCGCUCCCCUGUAUCAACAGAGAAUGAUGAAUAUGAUUGGAUUGUUGGGAAGAUUUUAAGAUGUUUUUAUGAUAAAGAUUUCAGAUCAGACACAAUUGAACCCAUUCUAUGUUUAUCAUUGUUUCCAAGUGAUUAUUCAAUCAAAGAUAAGGUGACAGGCUGGAUAAGGGUUUUCUCUGGAUUUGACAAAGUGGAGGUUAAGGCUCUUGAGAAGAUACUAGAACAGAAGCAAAGAUUACAACAAGAGAUGCAGAAGUACCUUUCCUUCAGACAGUUGUCCCAGGAAGGUGAUGUUACUGAGCUCCGUAAGAAAGUAUUAUUCAGCUUUCGUGUUAUGUCUCGUUGUUUUACUGAUCCGGCAAGGGCGGAGGAGACCUUUCAUAUUCUUGAUCAGUUAAAAGAUUCUAACAUUUGGAAAUUAUUGGCAAGUCUUCUUGACCCAAACAACAGCUCUCUUCAAGCUUCUAGUUCACGGAGUGAUUUGCUAUGUAUCCUUGGCGAGAAGCACCAACUCUAUGAGUUCUUGAAUGCUCUCUCUUUGAAAUGCUCGUAUCUACUUUUCAACAAGGACCAUGUUAAAGAAAUCCUUCUAGAAGCUGGCAUACAGAAAUCCACUGGAAAUACCCAGUUACUUUUGUCUUGCAUGACUAUACUUGUGAUUCUUGCACGUUUCAGUCCUUCACUGCUUGGUGGAAUUGAAGAUCUGAUUCAUCUUCUUGAUGAUGACAAUGAAAUAAUUAGGGAAGGUGUUUUGCAUAUUCUUGCAAAAGCUGGGGGAACCAUCCGAGAACAUCUGGGUGUUUCAUUAAGAUCCUUAAACCUUAUACUCGAGCGAAUAUGCAUUGAGGGCAACCGAAGGCAGGCAAAGUAUGCAGUUCAUGCCCUGGCAUCAAUAACAAAAGAUGAUGGACUCAUGUCACUAUCUGUUCUAUACAAGAGGCUUGUUGAUGUGCUUGAGGAGAAGUCACAUUUGCCUUCUGUACUACAAUCUCUUGGGAGUAUAGCAUCGAUUGCCAUGCCAGUAUUUGAAACAAAAGAAAGUGUGGUUCAACAGUUAAUAAAGAAAAACAUACUGGAGCGCAGUCAUAUGUCCGGAGAUGAAACAAAUGGAUGUUGGGAUGAUAGAAGCGAACUUUGCUCAUUGAAGAUUUUUGGGCUGAAAACAUUGGUCAAGAGCUAUUUACCCCUCAAAGAUGCACAUCUUCGUUCAGGAAUUGAUGACCUCAUGGAAAUCCUCAAGAACAUACUUGCUUUUGGAGAGAUCUCAAGAGAUAUCAAAUCCAGUUUAGUGAAUAAGGCUCAUUUGAAGCUUGCAGCAGCGAAAUCUGUUCUUCGUCUAUCAAAGCACUGGGAGCAUAAAAUUCCCGUUGACGUCUUUUAUCUUACCUUGAGAACUUCAGAGGCUAAUUUUCCUGAGGUGAAGAAACUAUUACACGCUAAGGUUUAUCAAUAUGUUAAGGAACGGACUUUAGACCCAAAGUAUGCUUGCAUCUUCCUACUUGACAUUUGGUCUCAGCAGCUUGAUUUCGAAGAGAACAAACGCAAUAUGAAUGAUGUAAUCCAAAUUUGUCAGCAAGGGAGAGCACGCCAAGUUUCUACACAAAGUGAUGCAAGUUCUCCACCACUCUAUCCAGAGUAUCUCCUCAUAUAUGCGGUCCAUGCUCUUGCUCAUCAUUCGGUGUGUCCUAAUGUUGAUGAAUGCAAAGAUAUCAGAGAAUAUGAGGCUAUUUACAGGCAAUUGUAUUUAUUCCUGUCUAUGCUAUUGCAUGGAGGUGAAGACGGUAAAUCUGAUAUCAGCAUUGACAGAGACGGAGAGAGUAUUUCUUUAAUGAAGUCAAUGUUUCUGUAUAUCAAGCGCUCUGAAGAUGCUUUUGAUGCAACUAAGACAAAGAACUCAUAUGCUCUGUGCGACCUUGGUCUAUCAAUCAUUAAGCGAUUAGCCCCCCAAAAAGAUGAUGUUCAAGACUUAAAUGCGCUAGUGAACCUGCCUCCAGUGCUAUACAAACCACAUGAGAAUAGAGAAGGAAAUGAGCCGCUGGUGGAUGAAGGGAAUACAUGGUUGGCAGAUGACAGUAUCUUGGCCCACUUCGAGUUAGUCAAGUUGGAAGCUAAUGGAACUAUUUCGGAAGCUGUGGACGAUGGGGGCAUGGACAGCGAAACGGAGGGCAGUGAGAUGCCUUUGAGUAAAAUGAUGAAACAACUAAAAGCUAAGGGAGCAAAGGCAAGAAAAGAGGCAAAGAAUGAGUCUGCACUGGCUGGAGUGGAAAAUGAAAAUGAUGUUGAUAUUUUGAAAAUGGUGAAGGAAAUAAGUUCAGAUAGUUUAGGCAUAACCAGAAAGUUUGAAUCAAGCAAUGGCCAUGAAUAUGUUCAUAAAAAAUAUAGAAGUGAUAGUAAGGCUCAGAAGAGGAAAAAGGUCUGUAGUGAAUCAACAGGUGUUCCCUUACCAAAACGGAGGAGAUCAUCAUCUGCUCAGGGUCAAACGUUUUCUGCCUCAAAGGUUACUUCAAAGAGUAAUACAAUGCCAGUUGAUGAUGAAAUUCAGGAGGCACUCGCAUUUGAUUUUACUGAAAUGAAUGAUGAAUUUCAAAUUGGUUCAGAAGAUGAAUUUAUUCAAGAAAAUAUUACUGAACCUGCAGAGUCGGACUUGUUGGUCUCAUGUAUUAGGAAGAAAUCUGGCUCCGCAAAUCAGAAAAGCAAACGCUCUGAUAGUGAUCAUGGUGAGGCACAUCAUCGUUCCAACCAUGAUGUUAAGAAGAAGAAAGUGAUGGAAGCUGAUAGCAAACUUUCAAUCAGUAAUCCCAAGUUGGGAUCUACAAAGAAGAGAAAACAGAAAAAUGUUGCUGAGUUGGCUAAGAGCGCAUUGAGGGACAAUGGAAGUUCCAUGGCAGACUUGAUUGGUUGCAUAAUAAAAGUUUGGUGGCCAUCAGAUAAAAAGUUCUACGAAGGUGUUGUGAAGUCUUUUGAUUCCCAGAAAAAGAAGCACGUGAUAUUGUACGAUGAUGGGGAUGUAGAAGUUCUACGAUUAGACAAGGAGCGCUGGGAGCUUGUUGACAACGGCCAAAAAGCUGUGAAGUGGUCAAAUACGUUGAAGGGUUCCCAUCCUAAAGGAGUAUCAUCUGGGAAUAAACGGAAAUCGAUAGGAAGCUCUAGAGAAGAUAAAAAAAUGUCUACAGUAUCCCCUCCAUCUCUAACAAGAAGGAAACGAUCUACAAAAGAGAAAGUGGAGCAGAUACGUAAGGGUGUAUGGAAGAGUAAAUCCUCUGCCAAGAGGGGGGGAAGCCCAGUUGUUACACAACCUGAAUCUUCCACAAAGUCCAGUCUUGAUUAUGUGGAAUCAGAGGAACCAAAUGAAAUAUUUGAAAAGAGUUCAGCUGAUGAAGAGCAUUCUGACAAAGAUGAGGGGUCAGUUUCGGAUGAGAAACAAAUGGAAGAUGCUGAGGAUGGCUCAAGUAAUGCUGCAGAAUCCAAAGAAGAAGAAAUGGUAGAAUCAGAUUCUCAAGGCAGUCAAUUUGAUGACAUUAAUAGUCAUCCACAUGCGUCAAAUAAACCUGGAAAGGGGACUCCACCUUCUGAUUUUCUCCUCGCGGAGUUUUCUGAUGAUGAGCCUCUUAACACAUGGAAGCACCGAGUAGGCAAAUAA